GGGAGGUCGUCCAAGAUGUGGCCUCGUGUGGUGAUGUCGUUGUGGGUCGUUGUGGUGGUGGUGAUGGUCACCGUGCCAGACGUCAACGCGGAGGCCAAGAUAUGGUACCCGGCAAAAAUCUCCACUUCUAAGUUGUCCCCCGCAAAGUCUUUCACCACCACCAACUUUCACAGUCAGACCAUUUGUGCCAUAAAAGCAACCCAGACAGAAUGGUCGUACAUGUUCACCUACGAGGACGACACCUGUUCCCUCUACGACGCUAAGAUCGGCGGCUACGAUGACGAGUCCAACCUGGGUGACACUACCACCUGCAAGACCCGACUACUUUAUGAGUGUGUUGUUAAUGACAUCGUUUAUGAUCAUGGCAGUAGCAACCUGGACGACUGUACCCUCAUGGUGUGCUGGAAUAAAGUUUUCGGUCCAAUAACCUCAGAUAUGCGAGUCUGCGCAGAUCCUUUCUUGGAGGUGCCUGGUCUGGGUUGUAUAUACCUAAACAUCGUGGAGAAGACGUGGGACGAUGCUAGAGACUGUUGUAUAACCAUGGGUGCUGAUCUCUUUGUUGCCACCGGAAACUUCAAGACUUUGCAAAACUACCUCCAAGAUUUUCUAUCAGACCAGGUGUGGGUCGGAGUGAGGGAUCAAAAGUGGGUGGACGAUCGUGCCGUGACUGUUAGUGAGUGGGGACCUAAUGACCCAGACGGUAGCCCGACAGACUGUGCACGGAUGCUGGUACAAGGAGAUUUUCACUUUGUGGGAGACAGACAGUGUGACGUGAACUUCAAGUCGUUGUGUCAGCGAACCUUCUACUAAACUGCAAACUGAGAGAUGAGGAUGAAGAGUGAAGAACCCGGAUGUCAGCCCCACCCGACUGUGGGAGGAUGAGAACAGAAGGUCCCGUCCACUGUUGGCUGACCACUUGUGCUGCAACACCUUCACGGCUCUGGGUCAAAGCUCCUCCAACUGAACCAUAAUGUAACAUGUUGUAUUGCCGUUGUUGGAGAAGAAUGUUCAAUUGAAUAUAUGAAAUUUUCCGACUAGUUUAUUGUGCACCUCAUCAUAUUCAUCCUAUGAGGUAGCGCAAAAAUGAUUACAGAGUAGACGUCAUAAAAGUUGUUUAACAGACCACAGUGCUCAGGAAGUUGUGACACUGAAUGUUAAGGAGUGUGUUGAAUUAUACACUAGAUGUAAAAUGUGGAUAUAGAUUAAAUGUUACAGACUUGGGUAUCCAGCAUUGUAGCUGACAGUGUUUGGGACCGUUCUUAAGCUUUAAUUGUGCACGUUUGCAGUUUCAGCUUGUUUGUUGAACAUAUUGUGUUUUCACAGUGGAGCUGAGACCAAGGUUCUCACAGGCUGCAUGUGUAGCCAAUCCAAAAAAUAUCGAGACCCCGGGCGUCCGAAAGAAUAUGAAACAUCGGGAUAAUACCAUCCCAACUGAUACAUGAACGCGUCUCAGGUUAUUGCUCGGUUACUGUUCUCCCGGACUCUGGAGUCUCCAUACUUUUUGGAUUGGCUGUACGUACAGUUCAUGGUUUAGGGUAGCUAGUAUUUCACGAUGAGUUUUACUAUGUACGACAAUGCCAACUGCAUAGCUAAUAGUGAUAUUGCUGGGGCUGUUUAGACCAGACUUUAUCGGUGCAUUCAUGAGUACAUCGAACAGUGGGACUAAGUACUCCACCUUAGGGAGUGCCAAGUUGCAAAUGUUUAACAUGACGUCUGUAACCCUGAAACAGUGCAACUGCCCUUCUGUGUCUGAGAUUUUUACAUAUCAAAUAUAACAGACGACCUUCUUUGUCUAUUAGGGCUAGGUCGUACAACUUGAGUUGUUUAUUACCAAUGUCAAAGGUAGUUUUAAAGUAACAAAAGAAUCCAAUUUGUACCUUUCUUCCCUUUGCACUGUUAGAAAUGCAGUGAUGCAAUUAUGUACACGUGUACCAUGUUAGGAGAAACACGUUUUCGGAUACGAAGACUCACAGUCAAGAGGAAAGCCGGUUCAUAGACUUCAUCUAUGACUGGUACAAGGAAUACAAGAAGCAGGUUUGGUGAUGUUAGUGACAGUGGUGAUGUAGUGAUAGUGGUGAU